CAUUGUGGCUCAAAAACAUCCCACCGCCAGAAAAGUUCUUCGUUGCUGUCAUAGCCAUUUAGAUCCAUCAUGGCGAUGACUGCGAGACAGUUUUCUGCCAAGCUCUGUUUGGUUUCUGUAACAAAACUAGGAAGGGAGACGCAAGACUGAGCAGAAUCACGUGACCCACCCAUAACCCGAGUUGCCCACUUCCAAUAUGGUGGUCAGCUCUGCAGGCUUACGUUUCUUGUUGAUGAUAUUGUUUCUCUGCGGGUUCGGGUUCGGCGCCUCCAGCCAACAAGCCCCGCAUGUUCUGGGGAUACGACUGGAAUACCCCGAGGACCAGCUAUCUAUGCGCGAGAGGAUUAUCUCGGCGCCAUACGGGUCCACUUUCAAGAUCAGAUUGUUCGGCACCUAUCUAAAUGGGACUUGGCCGUGGGUCGCGUUCGCGAGAGCUGCGAGGGGGGAAGCAGGUGCUGUGGGAGACGCAGCGGACCCUUGCGAGCAGGAGAAGCGACGGAACUCGUCCGUGUUCAAGGUUUCCGGGGAGUUCCAGGUAGACGAGGAGUACAGCGGGCUGAUAACAGUCCAAACCGAAAAGAGCAUCUCCGCCGCAUCCACGGAGGAGGAUGCCAGUGGGGUUUACCAUCACUUGUGCGUCUGGCAAGGCCAGAAAUGGGCAUCAGCUGUUCCUGACAGAUUGCGUGUCCUAACCGACACUCGGCUGCCAGCGUGGGCAAUAGCCAUCGUAAUCAUUGUCCUUCUGGUGAUUUGUGGCUUACUGAGAGGUCUCAACAUCAGUCUGCUGUGGCUUGACCCCCUCGAGCUAUACGUGUUACAUAGCUGUGGUUCCGAGCAUGAGAAGAAAACGGCAAAACGCCUGGAGCCCGUCCGCAGGAGGGGGAACUUCCUCAUGUGCUCGCUGUUGUUUAUUUUCUCUCUGGCCCACUCCGUGCUCGGUGUGUUCUUCUACAAGGCCCUGGGCUCUAUCGCGCCCGCCGUGUUUACCAGCGCCAUUCUCAUUUUCCUGCUAACGGAGUUGCUGCCACACGUGCUAUGCUCGAGCCACGGGUUCCAAGUCGCGCCGGGCUUGACGUGGCUGGCUCAGGUCUGCAUGAUCCUGACGUGCCCCCUCUCUUGCCCGCUCGGUCUCCUGCUAGACCUGGCCUUGCAGCGCGACAUCAGCGUGUGUGGCCUGCGGGAGAAGAUCAUGGAGAUGAUUCGGACUAACGUCAACGACCCGUACAGCGAGUUCGUGAAAGAGGAGUUCAGACGCGGAACUCUGCGCACCAAAACAGUCGAAGACAUCCUCACCCCUCUGAAAGAAUGCUUCAUGCUCCCGUCCACCGCCGUGCUGGACUUCAAUACCAUGUCGGAGAUCAUGCAGUGCGGCUACACGCGUGUGCCCGUCUACGAGGAAGAGCGCUCCAACAUCAUCGAGAUCCUGUACGUCAAGGACUUGGCCUUGGUUGACCCCGAAGACUGCACCCCUAUGACCACCAUCACCAAGUUCUACAACCACCCGCUGCACUUUGUUUUCAACGACACCAAACUGGAUGCCAUGCUGGAGGAGUUCAAGAAAGGCAACUCGCAUAUGGCCAUCGUGCAGAAGGUGAACAACGAGGGGGAGGGCGACCCCUUCUAUGAGGUGCUGGGGCUGGUCACCCUGGAGGACGUCAUUGAGGAGAUCAUCAAGUCCGAGAUCCUGGAUGAGUCCGAUGGCUACAUGGAGUUGAAGGUGAAGCGUCCGAUGCCCCCCCUGGAGAUCCCUCUGGAGCCGCGCAGCGUGAGCGAGGAGUUCUCCCUCUUCAAGACGCCCGAGGGCGAGCCCAAGAUACGCACCUCCCCGCAGCUGCUGCUCGCCACGCACCGCUUCCUAUCACGAGAGGUGGAGCACUUCAGCCCGCUGCGUGUGUCGGAGAAGGUGCUGCUGCAUCUGCUGCGCCACCCCAGCGUCAACCAGGAGGUGAAGUUCGACCCCUCCAACCGCCUCAGUGCCGACCACUACCUCUACACCCGAAACCACCCCGUAGACUACUUCAUACUGCUACUGCAGGGGCGGGUGGAGGUGGAAAUCGGCAAGGAAGGCCUGAAGUUUGAGAACGGAGCCUUCACCUACUAUGGAGUGUCUGCUCUCACUGCGCCCUCUUCAGUGCACCAGUCCCCCGUGUCCACCCAGAGGCAAUCCCAGCGCGACCCCUUCGAGCUGGGCGAGGCCACCAGUCCCUCCAGCUACUGUCCCGACUACACGGUGCGCGCCCUUACCGACCUGCAGAUCAUCAGGGUGACUCGUCUGCAGUACCUGAACGCUCUGCGUGCGUCACGCGUGGUGCAGAGCCCCGAUCCCCCUGAGAUCAAGAUCCUGCCCAACAGCCAGACCAAGCUCCUCAACGAGAGGAACACUACCACGCAAGGAACAAGUCACAGCCAGGAAGGAGGCCCUUCCACUUCAGACGAGACUCUAAGCUGAGACCUCCUCUACUCCCCCCAUCUCCACCUCCACCCCGCCUUACCUCCACCACCCCCUCCUCUCCCGCCCUGCCCCACCCCUCAUUUCACUCCAACACUUAAAAAGAUUUUGAAAACUAGUCAAAUUAAAAUGUGUAUUUUCUAGAAGAAAAGAACUAGCUGACGAGAAAGAGAAGAAAAAAAAACAGUCUUUUUAAACAUUUUAUUUCAUUUUAUUUCUGUACAUGUAGCAUUUGAGCUGGCAAUAAGAGGGGGUCCGUUUGAUUUUGGUUUGGUUUGUCUUCUUGUUUUAUUUCUGGUUACCAGAAUCAUCAACAAAACCCAACAAACUCUAAAAACCUUCAAGAGCUGGACAGUCUGAAGGCCCAUCCCUGUUCUGUUUUUUGUUUUUGUUUGUUUGUUUCUUUUUUUCUUGAUGGAUUACGAACGACCUGUCCCCUCGCCUAUCCUCUGUCCAAUCACCUAUCCUCUUCCAACAACCUCCCGCCCACAUCCAUCCCCAACAGCCAAUCAAGUUUAAUCAUCAUCCGUCAUGCUCUACGUAUUUAUGGAUUUAUGGAUUCAUCGUCUCUGGACGAUGGAACUUUAUUCGGACACACACACACACACACACACACACUCACUCACUCAAAGACACUCAAAGACACAAAGAAACAAAUCACACAAAAUUCCAAAAGCACCAGGCAUUGCUCUGACUCUGACCGGCUCCAAGUCAGUAUGCUCCUUCUCAAGCACACUCAAUACACCUCUGGGACAAAACAAAGGUCUGUGUUCAACAGCAAAGACACAAGCUCUUCCGCACUCACCCUUCUCAUACUCCUCUUGGCUUCCAGUUGGACAGACAGACAUAUACUGUAUAUGUGUGUGUAGAUGACAGACCAUGCUCUUACCUGUGUGUGUGUGUGUGUGUGUGCGUGUG